AUGUCGUGUGUCCACUACAAAUUCUUCUCGAAGCUGAGCUAUGAUACGAUCACCUUCAGUGGCCUCCACAUCUCCCUGUGCGACCUCAAGCGCCAGAUCAUGGACCGCGAGAAACUGAAGGCGACCAGCUGCGACCUGAAGAUCGCCAACGCCCAGACCGAGGAAGAGUACGCAGCUGAUAACGCACUGAUUCCCAAGAACUCCUCGGUUGUUGUUAGGAGAAUCCCUGCUGGAGGAGUCAAAGCGACCAGCAGAACACGUGUCACAAGUCCAGCUGAGUCAGGGAGUGGAACAUCCCAAGCGAUGAAGGACUCUUCUGCACCUAUGUCUCUGGCUCAGCUUAUCAAGACUGCCAAUCUGGCUGAGGCCAACGCUUCCGAAGAUGACAAAAUAAAAGCUAUGAUGAUCCAGUCUUGCCAGGAAUAUCAUUGCAUCAA